AUGGCCCGGAAUGAGAUCCCGCCUCCUCCAGCCACGCUCCCUGCGCCCGCACAGGAGGGAAAGGUCGGGCCGCUUCAGGGCGGUGGGGUGGACGCCGGGCACAACAACAAGCUGCCCAGCAACCUGCCACAGCUCCAGAACCUGAUCAAGCGCGACCCGCCGGCUGACGCUGAGGAGAACAUAACAGACUUAAAUUUGAUUUCUCUACAGUUUCACCAGCAGUAUAACCACUACAAAUCCAAUGUGGAGGUUUUCAAGUUACAACCGAAUAAACCCAGCAAAGAACUGGCAGAACUGGUGAUGUUUCUGGCACAGAUCGGCCACUGCUAUCCAGAACACCUAAGUAACUUCCCUCAAGAGCUGAAAGAACUUCUCUCCUAUAACCAUACCGUCUUGGAUCCAGAUCUUCGCAUGACAUUCUGCAAAGCUUUGAUCUUGCUGAGAAAUAAGAACCUCAUCAAUCCAUCAAGUUUGCUGGAGCUCUUCUUUGAACUUCUUCGUUGCCAUGAUAAGCUCCUGCGAAAGACUUUAUACACACAUAUUGUGACUGACAUCAAGAACAUAAAUGCAAAACACAAAAACAAUAAAGUGAAUAUAGUGUUACAGAAUUUCAUGUACACCAUGCUAAGAGACAGCAAUGCCACUGCAGCCAAGAUGUCUUUGGAUGUGAUGAUCGCACUUUACAGAAGAAACAUCUGGAAUGAUGCCAAAACCGUGAAUGUUAUCACAACUGCCUGUUUCUCAAAGAUCACCAAGAUAUUAGUGGCUGCUUUGACAUUCUUCCUUGGGAAAGAUGAAGAUGAGAAACAGGACAGCGACUCAGAAUCUGAGGAUGAAGGACCCACAGCAAGAGACCUGCUGGUUCAGUAUGCCACCGGGAAGAAGAGCGCCAAAAACAAGAAGAAGCUGGAGAAGGCGAUGAAGGUGCUUAAGAAACAAAAGAAAAAGAAGAAGCCAGAGGUGUUUAACUUUUCAGCUAUUCACUUGAUUCAUGAUCCUCAAGAUUUUGCAGAAAAACUCCUGAAGCAGCUAGAGAGCUGUAAGGAGAGGUUUGAAGUGAAGAUGAUGCUCAUGAACCUCAUCUCCAGAUUGGUGGAGAUUCACGAGCUUUUUCUCUUCAACUUCUAUCUCUUUGUGCAAAGGAUCUUGCAGCCCCACCAGAGAGAAGUAACAAAGACUCUGUUUGUGGCCCAAGCCACUCACCAGCUUGUUCCCCCAGAGAUCAUUCAGUCGUUGCUCAUGACUGUGGCUAACAACUUCGUCACUGACAAGAACUCAGGGGAAGUCAUGACUGUGGGAAUCAAUGCUAUAAAAGAGAUAACAGCUCGAUGUCCUCUAGCCAUGACUGAAGACCUUCUUCAAGACCUGGUUCAAUAUAAGACACACAAAGAUAAGAAUGUAAUGAUGUCUGCUAGAACUUUGAUUCAGCUCUUCCGGACACUGAAUCCUCAGAUGUUGCAGAAGAAAUUUCGGGGUAAACCUACAGAAGCCUCUGCAGAAGCAAGAAUACAGGAAUAUGGAGAAUUAGAUGCCAAAGAUUACAUUCCAGGAGCUGAGGUCCUAGAAGUUGACAAAGAAGAGAAUGCUGACAAUGAUGAAGAUGGAUGGGAGAGUGCCAGCCUCAGUGAGGAGGAGGAGGAGGAGGAGGAGGGUGCUGAUGGCGAAUGGGUUGAUGUCCACCACUCUUCUGAUGAAGAGCAGCAAGAAAUCACCAAGAAGCUGAACAGCAUGCCGGUGGAGGAGUGCAAGGCCAAAGCCGCAGCCAUCAGCACGAGUCGGGUCUUAACUCAGGAAGACUUCCAAAAGAUCUGGAUGGCGCAGAUGAGGAAGGAGCUGGAUGCCGCCCCCGGGAAAGCACAGAAGAGGAAGUACAUCGAUGUGGACAGUGAUGAGGAGUCCAGAGGUGAACUGCUGUCUCUUCAGGACAUUGAGCGCCUUCAUAAAAAGCCAAAGACUGACAAAGAGACGAGACUAGCAACUGCCAUGGCUGGAAAGACAGACCGGAAGGAAUUUGUGAGGAAGAAAACCAAAAUAAAUCCAUUUUCCAGCUCCACAAAUAAAGAGAAGAAAAAACAGAAGAACUUCAUGAUGAUGAGAUACAGCCAGAAUGUUCGAUCAAAACACAAGCGUUCCUUCCGAGAAAAGCAGCUGGCGCUUCGAGAUGCACUUUUGAAAAAGAGGAAAAGAAUGAAGUAAUUUCAAGCCCGUCUUUUUAUCCCAGAAAGACUUAAGUUUGUAAUCUUACUCUGAAUUUUUAUAAAUCAAGAACAUGUGUUUACAUUAAAAAGUUAAGAAGCAGUAUAUUGUGAAACCCACAGUAAGUCUGAUAGCAAUUGAUGUUUUUAAUUUGGAAGAUAGAUGACACGUGAAUGUUUAAAAUGUAAAUAGUCGUGGCUUUCGUUUAACAUUUGUACGGAGAACUUAGGAAGUGCCUGCGGUUGUCACUGUGAGUCUCAUGAGCCCCCUCGGGCCCUUCACAGGUGGUGGAGGGCAGGUGUGUAUUGGAGAGAUGACAGUGCCGUGUAAAUAGUUCUUUGUGGCGCGGGCCUGUGUCUAGGAUGAUAGACACGGACUGGUCUGCAGGGGGAGGAGUUGUAUAGUCUCUUAAAACAAAACAGGACAGUGUUACAAGAGUAAGAGGGUCUUACUUGUAAAUAGGCUUACCUGCUGAAAGCAGGUUUCUGCUGUACAGAUUUUAGGGAGACACCAGCUCUUUUAGUUGAUCCAGAAGAUUACAGUAUUGUACUUCAAAAAUGGUAUGUAAAGAUUUUUGUGUAAGAGUUCACAUUUAAAUUGCCUUAACUAAAUAAUAAUUUUGCAAUGUCUGUUUUGUCAUUUGAGCUUCCUGGUCUUGUUGUGUGUGUGGCUUGGAGGUUUUGCGAUGUGUUACUUUGGCAGUGCUGGAGAU